AUGAUACCUUUCAUACUACUACUACUACUACUACCAUUUCUAAUAAUAAAUUCAUCAUAUUGUCAACAUUUUGAUUUAUUUCAAGAUUUACAACCAUCUACAAAUCUCACAGAAAGUAUUAUCAACAACAACAACAAUGUAUUUCAAGUUCAAAACUUUGAUUCCAAAUCUUCUUCUUCUAGUUCUUCAUCUUCUUCAUCAUCAGGUGAAGGAUUACAAGAAUUUACUCCGAUUAGAGAUACAAUUCUUCAAUCAGAAACUAAAUAUUAUUCAUUUAGUGUUGAUACACAAUCAGGAAUUGGAGAUUUUUAUGAACUUUUAAUUUUUUUAAGUGGGAAUAUUUGUACUCAACCACCAAAUUUAUUAGAAAAUGAUACUUCAUUAGCAGUAUAUUAUUCAUUUAAUUCAACCAUGUUUACUAAUAAUGAAAUUGGACAAAUGCAAUUAUUUAAAAAUGGAUUUUUCCAAGGUUUAGCUGAUUUACCUUUAACUGAUACCGCCAAUAAUGAUACUACUAGUACCACCAGCUCCACCAGCACCAGCAACCCUGUACCGGAGAAGAUCUUAUAUAUUGCAGUUAGAGCACCAGAAAAUACUAAUCGUACGGCACAAUGGACUUAUCAAAUUGGGGUAUCACAACAUGAUUUAGUAUUCCAAUGGGAUGAUCGAACAUGGGGGUCAAUAGUUGAUGUUGAUGAUAAUAGUGCAUUAAUAGUAACUGGGAAUCUUACGAAAUUAUCUACUGGGAAUUAUCUGAAUUUAAAUGCUACUAAUUCUCAAUUUUCAUUAUAUUUAUAUUCUUAUGAUAAUAAAGAUUAUUUUCAAGGAAUGAAUAAUAGUUGGUGUGCAGUACGUAGUGGUCCAGUAUUAAUUAAACCAGAAAAUAUUGAAACAAAAUUUAUUGCUCGUCAUGGUUCUAUACAACAACAAUUUAUGGUAGAAAAUUUAAAUGCUAGUACAAAAUAUAUUGCUUAUAUUGUUAUGGAUUUUGAAGGAGUAGAAUAUGGUGGUGCUGUACUUCGACCGUUUGAAUUUGAAACUAUGGAUGGUACUGCUUGUGAAUUGAUUUAUGAUUUAGAAUUUUGUGAUCAAGUGGCUUAUAGUGUUCCUGCUAUUGGUAAUUCACUGUUAUUAAAUUUAAAUGGUGGUAAUGUUGACAAUAAAACAUUAACGAAAAAAUUAUAUGAUGAUUAUGCUAAAUCAUUAUAUACAAAUUUUCUGAAAGGUUUACAACAAAUUGCUUGUGAUACUGUACCUGAAGCCAUUUAUUCUAAUUUAAAAAAUUGUCAUGAUUGUGCUCAAAGUUAUAAAAAUUGGUUAUGUGCCGUAACUAUACCUCGAUGUUCAAGUAAAAAUUUCACGGGAUAUAUUCAAAGAAAUUCUACUAAUCAAAGAAAUGAUUUUUUAAAAGAAAUUAUUCAACCAAUUCAUGAUUAUUAUGAAGUAUUACCUUGUGUUAAUGUUUGUCAAGCAAUUGUAAGAGAUUGUCCUGCUGAUUUUGGAUUUUUAUGCCCUACAAAAAAUGAUUCAAUUAAAUUAAGUUAUUAUUGGGAUGUUCAUGUAUCUGAUCAAUGGCCAAGUUGUAAUUAUCUUGGACCAUUAAAAAUAGAUAAAAGUGGAGCCAUGAAAUUGAUAGUUAAUUGGACAAUUGUUGUAGUUUCCAUUAGUUUAAUGGUUAUCAUAUAG